ACAUCGACGCCACUCGCUCAUACAAAAGUCCUUUGUGACAACUAUAGUACAUCAACAUCAUCUCAGGUGCUGCGUGUCUACUUACAACAAAGGGAGCCAUAACACGCUGUUUACGGACCAACAAAGGAGCCUUUCAGCCCCUACCUAUAAAAACCCGACCCAUAUCACUCUCCACUCUCAAACCAAAUCGUACCCCAAACUCCCUUACUCGCUCUCAGUACCCACCCCAGACUCUCGAGAUGUCCUCAGACGACGUCCCUAUGCCUCCAGCUAAUCAGAAGGCCAUCGCCCCCGAAAACAUGGCCCCUACCCAUCAUAUGAACACUGAUUCAUGUGUCAAUAAGCGUACUCGCCCUACCUCCCCAACUCCAAAUCCCUCAUCCCGGACAGAAACGCCCAACACGCAAAAUCAGCUCAGUGUGGCCAACGCACAAAAUACAAAUGCUACCCCAAACAAACGCCCAAAUAUAGAGCGCCCCAACCAGCCGCAGGCUACCACCAAUCAAUGGCAUUUCCUUCAAACGAGCGAGGCUCCAUCCACCCAAGAGGUGUCGAUCAAUGGAGUCAGAACCCUCGAUAGCGGCUUCAAGAUUACAGCUACCCCUGCCGGAGGGUUCCCUGUCCCUCAGCUUGGCCAGUCAACUUGGCACAAUGUGUCGCAGAUCCUGAAGGAGAAGUGGCCCCAGAAGGAGGGUGCCAAGGCAUGGGUCAGGACGUACAGGGCUAAACAUGAGAGCAACGCACAAAGUACAGUAGCCAAACUCAAGGAUGCGAUAACCAAAAUCAUUGGUGAAUCCGAUGCCGAGGAUCUUGUAGUGAGCACCCCCACAGCAGCGGUCGAGCUCAUUGAACGGCUGCCACCUCCUUGGCACUUCCUCAUCUCCGGCAUCCCCCCCGAAGCUAUUGAAAGGCUUCUCCGCCUCCAAGUGUGCUCGUCACCUGAAGUAUCUUGCUUCUUUGUACCAUUUGAACAGCCCCUCCCCACCUAUGCGUUCACAUUGGAAAAUUUCUCCUUCCCUGACUCUGAAUCCACCAAUAAGGUGAUCGCGGAAAUUGUCAAAGACACCAUUCGCUCCAACCCUGACGUGCUACACUUCAUCCACAAAAACAUACCCUCCCCAGAUGCAGAAGCCGCACUACACACUAUUGAAUCUGUCAGGGUCACCAGCCUCACCCUCGCCCACUUCAAAUCAGUUAAAGAGACGGUCUGGAACAUCUAUUUUGACUCCCCCCCUGCACUCACCCUCAAAUAAUACUUUGAUUGGACCAACAUCCUCCGUAGCUUCUUCUACAUCUCAGAAGACUAUGGAUAUGGUACAGCACGCCAUGACGCACAAUUUGUCUGUGUUGGAUGUAAGUCGUUUGAUCACCCGACAGGGCUCUGUCCCUUCCCCCGAAUUCUUGGGUGGUUCGGCCCUUCAACUACAGAAGAUAACACUAAUGCCACCCUUGACAACCGAAACACGUCAAGCCAUGGCUGAGGAGCCUCCAAUGGCAACACCAAUGGUGGAGGCAGAGGUCAAUCCAGAGGCUAUAUGAGAGGAACCCCACGUGGAUCAGGAAAGAGGGGCAGAGGAUUCAGAGCCCCCUAGAUGGGGGCAACAACUUAUGAUACCGCACCCAUAGAAGCCCUGAACAUACCUGUACAAUGUAUUGCUACGACCGAUGAUAU